GUGGCCCAUGGGUGUGCCUCGGUCUGAGGAUACAAAUAUUCUCACUGGGGUGUGAGCCUGGGCACCCGCACAGCAUACCUGCGCUGCCGUGCUCCCGUGCAUGGCUAUGUGGGGUAGGGGUCACCUGUGGGGCCCCUGUGUUGGUGCCUCUGCCCACAGGGGUGUUCCUGGAAAGUGAGUCUUGCAUGUGCCUGUUAGCCGGCAGAAGGGAUGGUGGUCCUGCUUCUCUCCUUGACUUGUCCUUGCGGCGCCCCCUGAGCUCCCCUCCCCCUCCCCAGCUGCCAGCAGUCCCAGCCAGGGGCCGCCGCCCCGCCCCCCCAGUCUGUCCCCGCUCCCAAGCACUGCUGUGUUCGCCAUAUUUGGCCACAGUGCUCCUGCGGGGGGCGGGGCGGGGCUGACAUCACCCCGAGAAGGGGGGGGGCCACUGCCUGGAUGAGGGGAGGCCAGCAGAGCCUUGGGGGAGGCAGGAAAGCUGCUUUGAAAAGCCUGGGGCUGCCAGGGCCCCCCACGCGCCAGGCCCCUGCUGCUCUGAGGGAGGCCUCAGGAAAAGAUUUGGGGGGAAAUGGGUUGAGGACUCUGCUGGGAGGGGUCUUAGCUUAUUGUAAUCCCUCUUUGAGGGGUGGGGUGGCGGGCCUUGCAUCCCAGCUUCCUCAAUAUGUGAGCCACUGUGUCCCCCAGCAUCCCCCCCCCAACUUUUAUUAAAAGAACGUGGCCUCAAGGGGCUGAGGAAGGGAUGGGGUGGGGAUACAGCUUCCUGGGGUGCGAAGAGGAGUGUGGCCCCUCUGACUCAUUAGGAGCGUGGCUUCCUCUCUCCCUGGCUGCCCUCUGAUGCAGUGUUUUUGGAGGCCUCACAAGGAAGGGUUACAGUGGUCUGGGGGUCCUUGAAGUUGCUCCAGCCACCUGGGCUCAGGGGGACCCUGUGGUCUGGACCCCACUAGGCAGACUUAGGGUGGUUGCCAUGACAGCUGGGCCUUCUUUCCCUCUGCGGAUGGUGGGGCUUCUCACCUUGGUUAAGAGACUGAAGCUAGGUUGCCUGGGUUCAGAAUCCAGCUCUAGCACUUACUAGCUGUGUGUCCUUGGGCAAAUUGCUUAACCUGUCUGUUCCUUGGUUUCCUCAUCUGUAAAGUGGAGAUGAUAAUAGUAUCUACCUCAUAGGUGAUUAUGAGGAUUAAAUGAGUCAAUGUAUGUAAAGUCCCAGCCUAGUGCCUGCCAUAUGCAGGUGCUGUCAUUCAUAGUAAUGUUAAGUGUAAACUCUACCCAUCUGACAGUCAGGCCGCCCAGGCCCUCCCCGUCCCAGGCUACUAGCAACCGCCUUCAUGCCUUCCAAAGCAAAUAGGUGGCCCCCACAGGGAGGAUCCCCACCCAUUUGGCAGGACCUGGAAUUCUUAUUUGAGGGAAAAGAAGCCUCUUCCCCAGCUUUUGAGGGGGUCUCCCACUCUCCACCCUGCUCCCCGCUUUCCUUACAGCCCAGAGCAAAGUCCCAGGAUCUAGCCAUCUGGGGCCCUGUGGCUCCCAGGACCCUGAUACACCUUGGACAUGUGGUUCUGAGGUUGAAGGGGGCUGGUCAGGGGGAGCCUUAGGGCUGUGUGUGUUGGGGGACUGUCUGGGUGUGGUCUACUUUAAUAACCCAGCUGGCGUGUGCAGGGAACUCAGAGUUUACAGAGUCCUGGCCCUUCUGCAAUGUGGGCCAGGGCAGGGGCCGGCGUGUGGGUGGUUUAUGGGCUGCUGUGGAGCCGGGAGGUGCGGGAACAGGAAGUGGGAUGGAGGAGCGGGUGGGGUUGAGCAAGGCUGUCGGCCCGGCACCUUCUCAGCUGCUCCCUUACCGGCCAGCGUCGCUCCGUCUCAUUCCUGGGGCAGCUCCUGCCCAGCGUUUAGCUUCCUUGGCAGGGUGCUCGUGAGUUAUCUUUUGGGGAAGGCAAGACCGCACCCUUCCUGGGUCUUGGACCCUCCUCAUCCCGCGGCUCAGGCUGCCCAGUGGGCUCAGGCCCAGAGCCCAGUGCAACCAGCACAAUAGCGUCCAACAGCUGGAAUGCCAGCAGCAGCCCCGGGGAGGCCCGGGAGGAUGGGCCCGAGGGCCUGGACAAGGGGCUGGACAACGACGCAGAGGGCGUGUGGAGCCCGGACAUCGAACAGAGCUUCCAGGAGGCCCUGGCCAUCUACCCGCCCUGCGGCCGCCGCAAGAUCAUCCUGUCGGACGAGGGCAAGAUGUACGGUCGAAAUGAGUUGAUCGCACGGUAUAUUAAGUUGCGGACGGGGAAGACUCGAACGAGAAAGCAGGUGUCCAGCCACAUACAGGUUCUAGCUCGGAAGAAGGUGCGGGAGUACCAGGUUGGCAUCAAGGCCAUGAACCUGGACCAGGUCUCCAAGGACAAAGCCCUUCAGAGCAUGGCGUCCAUGUCCUCCGCCCAGAUUGUCUCCGCCAGUGUCCUACAAAACAAGUUCAGCCCGCCCUCCCCUCUGCCCCAGGCCGUCUUCUCCACUUCUUCUCGGUUCUGGAGCAGCCCCCCUCUCCUGGGACAGCAGCCUGGACCCUCUCAGGACAUCAAGCCCUUUGCACAGCCAGCCUACCCCGUCCAGCCACCCCUGCCGCCAACGCUCAGCAGUUACGAGCCCCUGGCCCCACUCCCCUCAGCUGCUGCCUCUGUGCCCGUGUGGCAGGACCGCACCAUUGCCUCCUCCCGGCUGCGGCUCCUCGAAUAUUCCGCCUUCAUGGAGGUGCAGCGAGACCCUGACACGUACAGCAAACACCUGUUUGUGCACAUCGGCCAGACGAACCCCGCCUUCUCAGACCCACCCCUAGAGGCAGUGGAUGUGCGCCAGAUCUACGACAAGUUCCCCGAGAAGAAGGGUGGCCUGAAGGAGCUCUACGAGAAGGGGCCCCCUAACGCCUUUUUCCUCGUCAAGUUCUGGGCUGACCUCAACAGCACCAUCCAGGAGGGUCCGGGCGCCUUCUAUGGGGUCAGCUCCCAGUACAGCUCGGCCGAUAGCAUGACCAUCAGCGUGUCCACCAAAGUGUGCUCCUUUGGCAAGCAGGUGGUGGAGAAGGUAGAGACCGAGUACGCCAGGCUGGAGAACGGGCGCUUCGUGUACCGCAUCCACCGCUCGCCCAUGUGUGAGUACAUGAUCAACUUCAUCCACAAGCUCAAGCACCUGCCCGAGAAGUACAUGAUGAACAGUGUCCUGGAGAACUUCACCAUCUUGCAGGUAGUCACAAGCCGGGACUCCCAGGAGACCUUGCUCGUCAUUGCUUUCGUCUUUGAAGUCUCUACCAGCGAGCACGGGGCCCAGCACCAUGUCUACAAACUCGUCAAAGACUAGGGCGCCCUGCACCCCCACCACCACAGUCCGGGACGAGCAUCUUUUCCACACACCUGCCUGGCACGCCUGGGGGUCCAGGAUUGAGAACUCAUCCACCUGCCAGGCCUCAGGCCCAGGACCCAGGAGGCCUCUCCACCUACCCCGCACACACUCCCUGCCACUGUUCUGCGCUUUAAUUGAGGGAGAAGAGAGGAGGGUUCAGCGGUGGGGCAGCCUGGCCGGGAUGCUGACCACCGUCCCCAGCUCUGCCCAGCCUCGAAAGACUGGGAGGACACCUUCAAGCUCAGGCAUGCGUGGCCACUGGCCCCUCAUGGGUGGGUGAGGGCAGAACGGAGACUGAGGCAGCCAGAGUGCAGAGGCCCCGGAAGAGGAGUGUCGAGUUGGGGUCAAGUUGAGAAGAGAGAGGGACCCACACUUUCUGUGCGCCUGCUGUGUGCCAGGCCUGGUGCAGGCCCCCAAGGGCCUCAUGCCAUCCUAAGAGCCUGCAGGCCAAGCAUGGGGCCGUGUCUCAGUGGAGGGACCCGUGGGAGGGGUGGGCAGAGUUGGAGUCCUCCCCCGGGGCUGCCUGUCCCUAGAGCCCAGGUUUAUACUACCUCCCUGGAGUGGGGGCCAGCCACAGGGACGGGAGAGAGGGUCUGCACUGAGGCGCCAGGCCGGCUGGGUUGGAAUCCCAAACAGAUCACCUCCUCCCAGAGCCCGACCAGCCUGCAGUCCAGCCACGGGCUUCCGGGGCCUCCCAUGCAGCCCUCUGAGCUUCCUGGCCCAGAUCCGGCCCCGAGCUGCCCAGCAGCCACCCUGUAGGCGAAGGCUCCCAGGGGCAAGCCCAGGCCCGGAAACAGUCUGGAGGGCCAGGUAGGAGGAUGGAGCCCCAGCCCACUGGCCCGGGGACAAGGGGUAGCAGAAAAGUUUGACAUUUUCUCUUGCCUAAGACUUGCGUCUGGUGGUGAGCCCUCGGUGAGGGGAGGGGGAAGCACCCUUCCCUUCUGUCUUCCCACCUCAGUCUCUCUGGCCUGGAGCACCAGCUCCCCACACCCAGUUCUGGGACUGAAGGUUAACUCUUCCCCGGCAGCCCCUUCCCAACACCCAGGCCCCUCCGCCGCCAGCCCUGUCCUCCCGCUGCCUGUGGGUAUUUAUGAGUUUCGUAUGAAGUACUGUGCCCCUUCCUCCCCCCACCUCGCUGCCCCCGAGCUUCCUGAAGGUCCUCACAGUUUGCAUAUCGCUCAGGCCACCUCCAAACCCAACCUAGGUUUUAUAAUGUAUAUUAUAUAUUUUUUGUGUAUUUUUUAAAUCCAGCCGUGAUGGGUUAUAUCAUAAAUGUGGCACAAGGCUGGGGCAGGGGCCCUCAAGGCCCGGCUCCUGCUUAAAAAAAAAAAAAAAAAAAAAAAUUAAAGUUAUUUGUUUGU